AUGAGAGCAAGAGGCGCUAUCACCCCUAGUUUCUCAACUUCUCAAACAAAAACUUCAUCCAGAUUUCAGAAGUUGGAGUUUGAACCACAAAAUCUACAGUCACUAAACAAUAGAUUAAAUGGAUUGAUCGGACACAGUGUAUCAGUGGAGGCACGUUUUCCUCUUCGCUAUACACACGAACGGACAGGUAUGGAGGGGAAGAUUAUGUUGAUAGCGUCAUUGGCGCUUUUCAGUAUUACCUAUUGCGUUGAGGCCCAACGUUUUUACAACUAUGCCCCACGAGGAUAUCAAGGACGCAAUCUGUACGAGCACGGGCGGACCAUAUCCGACGAGACGGUUCGAUGUGGACCACACACGUGCGGCGUCGGCGCGCACUGCACACAUGGCAGUGUCAGACCAGUCUGCGCCUGUCUCCCAGGAUACUCUGGAGACCCAUUGUCACAGUGCGUGAAAAUCGAGUGUGUUGAUAACAGUGAGUGCCGCAGUCACCAAUCGUGUGUGAACCAACACUGCAUCAAUCCUUGUGAAGGAGCCUGUGGAUUAAAUGCCAAUUGCGAUGUCCGUCAUCAUGUUCCAGUUUGUUCUUGUCCUCCUGCGUACACCGGAAAUCCUUUCACGUCAUGUAGAAUCGCUGAUCCUGAGGAAGCCUGCCAUCCCUCUCCUUGCGGACAAAACACUAAUUGCCACGUCGAAAACAACCGAGCCAUUUGUACCUGCUUGCCGGGAUACUUGGGUAGUCCAUUGGCUGGCUGUAAGCACGAGUGCGACUCAGACAGCGACUGCGGUUCGCACCAGUCGUGCCGCGACUUCAAGUGCGUGAGUCCCUGCAGUGACUGCGGUGUCAACGCGGACUGCGAGACCGUCGCCCAACACCGCGCGGUCUGCAAGUGUCCCAGGGGCUACUUCGGCGACCCAUAUAGGAUUUGCUCAGCCGAAUGCACUUCAGACAGUGAAUGCCCGAGCUACAAGCCUGCCUGUGUCUACAACGCGUGUAUCAACCCCUGCACUAAUGCGUGUGGUGUGAAUGCGGACUGCAACCUACGCGGGUUGACGCCGGUGUGCUCCUGCCCUAAGACUAUGACUGGCGAUCCUUUCACAUUCUGCAGGCCCUUUGAAGCGCGUGACCUUUGCGAGCCCAACCCUUGCGGUGCUAACGCUAAAUGCACGCCGGGACAUGAUCGCACCGGCGCCGAACGCCCAGUCUGUACGUGCCCUGCUGGAUACAUCGGUAAUGCGCUCGUCUCUUGUGAGAAGGGCCAGUGUGAAUUAGACACCCAAUGUCCGGACAACUUAGCGUGCGUCGGCUACCAGUGCGUGGACCCGUGCCUCGGUAACACGCAGUGCGGCGCUGGCGCCGUGUGUAUGGCGCGCCGCCAUAUUGCUGUCUGUACUUGCCCUGGGAGUCACCAUGGAGACGCCCUCGUAAGCUGUUACCAGACGAAUUCUGAAGUGGCAUCCACACGCUACUAUAGAUACAAGCGCAACGGUAACUUUACCGAGACUGUGGAGCCUCCACAAAUCACUGCCAAUUUGAACAGCACUGCCGAAACUGAUACGAACGAAGACAAAAAAGAA